AUGGCAAAAAAGGGAGGCAAAGGUGGUAAAAAGGAUAAAAAGGACAAAGGCAAAAAGGGUAAAGACAAGAAAGGUAAAGGAAAAAAAGGCAAAAAAAAGGCGCAGGUAAAACCCGUAGCAAAAGAAGAACCGCCACCACCGCCCCCACCGCCACCACCACCAGUAGAGGUUAAACUGAAAAUAGAAGAACCGUGCGUUUUCAAUUGUGCACAGGACAAAGUGACAUACCGGCCAAAUUCGUAUCCUGGCCUAUUAUUACACCCGAGAACAUUGGCCGUGGUUGGAUCUGAAUGCGGCAGCUACGACAGUCUGUGCAAACUUUUGCAUGCAGGCUUUCGUUGUGCGGAUCGUGUCUAUACCAUGGUACCCUGGGGCAAUUAUGUCAUCUUCCGCAGUCAGGACGGCGAUAACUAUCUUUACUUUGUUUUCGAUGGCUGCACUUGUAACGUUAAUCGGUUUCGUUAUUUAGAUCUCACCUGUGGUACGGCCAGCUUGCUUUACUUUGAGGAACUGCAUAAGGCGAUUAACUACAUAAUCAUGUCGCGUAGUCGACGUGAGGAGCUCAAAAAUUUAAAACGAUCCAUGGUAGAUGACGUUUGCAGCGAAAUGUAUGGAACUCAACAUAUAUAA